AUGACUAUAAUGAACAUGUCUUGCUCAAAAAAAUAUUCUAAAUGGUUAGAAGAAGAAUUACAAAAGGGUAACAUAGCCUUUUAUAAAUAUUCUGAGUUUGAAAAUGUCGAAUAUAUUGGAAAAGAAAUUUUGGAUACUCUUGAUAAAAUGCCAAAAGAAACAGUUGAUGAAGUGUUUAUUACAAAUCGCAAUCGGCGACUCAUACCUAUUUUAACCAGGAAUGGUUCACCUAAUUUGUUAUCUGUUGGACCAUCUACACAAAUAUUUAGAGAACCCAGUUCAAGUAGUUUUAGAAGGAUAUUGAAUCGAUCAAAUUCCUCUCAAAA